AUGAAGGGGAAGCCCCAGCAGGCUGUGAUUGUUGUGAUCGGCACAAAACUUCGUGAAGAACUACUUCUGAUCUCCCUCUUAAUCCCCACAGCAGCCACGGAUAUGAGAGCGGAUUUUUGCACCGAGGUGUUCGCUGUGGAUGCUUCGGACUGGGGCGAUGCGGUGUGUUCGAGUCGCGUUCCUGUUCGUUUGGCACGAGAGCUAGGGCGGCAGUGUUUGUCAAAGGGAGUUUGGACGCGACUUCUCAGCCCUUUCAAAGCCCGAGCUCGAGGACAUGGCGUCCUGGAUCCCAACGAGGAACUCCCGGGCGGCGCCGAGGACAGUUUCAGGAUUCACCCGUUGUGGAGUUUGCUGGCAACUGCUCUGAAGUUUAGAGUGCGUUGGAAGCGAGCAUCAAAGAGGCGGCGACACAUAAACAUAGGUGAGCUACGGAGUUUCUUGAAAGCCGAGAGAUGUGGGAUGCAGGCCGGGAAGUCGAGUCGCAUGCUGAUUGGCGGGGACUCUCAAGUGGCACUAGGAGCCCUUCUGAAAGGUCGCUCAUCUUCUGCUUCUCUCAAUCGUGAACUUCAAAAAUCGCUGCCAUAUUACAUCGGGAAAGGUCUCCAGCCGCAUUACAUGUACUACCCGACAGCCAUCAAUCCCUCUGACGCUCCCACCAGAGACCGUGAAGUGCCUGAACCCACUGAGGAUUUGCCAUCGUGGUGGCAUUUGGCCUGUGAGGGCAAGUUUGAGGAGAUGGACAGAUGGCUGGAGGCCAGAUCGGCGGAUCCUUUCUCACUGUCUGGUCUUCCAAGUCUAGACGAGCUUCGAAAAACGUGUGCAAGCGAAGUGACAGUGCAACUCAGGUUUGGCCACCUCCGCAAGUUCAAGAAGCUUCGCGAACUUUUGCAGGAGGGCAAGCAGCUUGGCGAAGAUGCAGGUGUUGCUUCCGGGUCUUCAGUUUUCCCGUUUCCUUCGAGUACCGUCGUGGAGAGCAGCCUUUCUCCUUUCGCCUCGACGGGUACGUUUGUCUGGCCCAAAGGUGUGGACAAGCAGCAGUGCAAAGAGCUUCCAGGGUGCAUCGACUUGUGCUCUGGAAACAUGGGCUAUGCUCAAGACCUUGUGAUUGGCGAGGUCCAGAACGAGAUUCGUGGCAUUUUGCAGAGUGUGCGAGUUGCUGCACUGAGCGCUUCACCUGGAAGCGGCGGGAGUUUUUCUUUGGCUUCGUCGUCAGGUUGCAGGACCGCUGGGCACCCCUUAGGAGCACCGAGGCUGGGUCCUGCGCAGAGCGCUAGAGUCACUAGAGAGAACAAACUCGUCGAGUUUCUCCUUGAGUUGUGCUGGUGGUGCUACAAAAACUCCGUGCCCUUUUGGCUUGAGAACCCUCAGGGGUCGAAAGCGUGGCAGCUCGAGCCGGUCCGGCAACUUCAAGCUUGUCCAGGGGUAGGUUUCUGGAAAGUCGACUUCUGCGCUUUUGGGGCGCCCUGGAAGAAGAGAACUCGAGUGUUGACGUCGACUCACCUUGCCGGGCAAGAAACUACUUGUCCGGGCUGCUCCGUACACCACCGACUUCGAGAGCGCUCUCCACACGGCCGGUUGUCCUGGACCAAGUUAGCGGAAAACUUCCCUAAAGGCUUGAGUUUGGUACUGGCUAUGUUUGUAGCCGGUGCACUGGGAGACAGACCUGACUUCAAGCGGCUUGACGCCUGCAGCUGUUCAAGGUCACUUGGACUUCGUGUUGGCGAAGCUAGCCACCCAGGACCUCGGAGACCGACUGCCGAAACUAGGGCUACACGACGGGCGGGGCAAAGCCUAGGCCAAGUGGCUCUUGUUGAACCGCAGACGCAAGCGCUUGAAGAGCGACUGUGGUCAGAGUUUGUGGCCUGGGUUGAUGUGGACUGUAGCCUUGAGACGGCAGAGCACCUCACGAGUGUGUCGGCUACUGUGGCGCCGCUGCUGCGAGAGUACGGAGACGAGCUCUUUCAAAUAGGCUCUUCGUUGAGUUACUUUCGGCACCUCCUUGCCUUUGCUCAGCGAAAGUUUCCUGAUUUUCGGAUGCACGGGCGCAUCUGCUGGGAUGCUGUGACCAGAUGGGAGCAAUUAGAGCCUUUGGAACAUCGAAAGCCUCUUCCCGCGGCUUUGUGCAGAGCUAUGGUCGCUCUGGCAUUGGCCUGGGAGUGGCCCAGGUUCGCUUUAGUGCUUCUUCUUGCGUUCGAAGGGAUCAUGAUUGCAGAAAUGCUCAACGCUUAUCGCCUUGACUUGGUGCUGCCAGUGGACCUUAUGUCUGACAACUGUGAGCAGCUUUUCAUCCGCAUAGGUGCACCGAAGACAAAACGCAGAGGUGGCGGCCGCAAGCAGCACGCUACUGUCAAGGGCAGAGAACUUUCGGCAGCAGCUACGGCAGUGUUUGCCGAGCUCUCUCCUACAGAAAAGCUGUAUCCGCUUUCGUCUCAGAGCUUCAGGAGACGGUGGGGUGCCUUGCUUUCGCAUCUGCAUGUCAGCCCGGAGCUCAACUUGACUCCUGCUGGGAUCCGGGGCGGCGGUGCCAUUCAGGCUUAUCAAGCUGGGCUCUCCGUCACCGAUCUGCUUUGGAAAAUGCGGCUACAGCAUGUGCACACGCUCCAGCACUAUCUGCAAGAGCUUGCUGCCGAAAGCGUGCUCUCCCAGCUCUCUCAGGAAAUUUUACUUGGCUUCUUUGACUUCUUCGACGACAGCCUGCAGCACGACUCCUUCGCCUGCGAGAACUCCGGCCUCGAGCCCUUUUACCUUCGCGGCUUCUUCGUGCGGGAAAGUGCAGAGCUACGACUUUCGAGCUUUCUGCUCUCUUUCGAAGGCUGUCUCGAAGGCUCUCUUUCUGUCAGAAGCCUACCGGUCAAGACCGGUCUCCAACCUUGGAUGUGGCUGAGCGGCGAAAAAGUGAGACGCGCGGCCACUGCAGCUGUGAGUGAGUACUUAACAUGUUCAUGA